AUGAACCAUUCUCCAUCUGUUAAAAUCACUAAGACUAAGAAACGUCGAUCAAAUGGUCAUCGACGUGUAAAACGUAACAGUAGCAAUGUAAGUGUUACUCGAAUAAAAUCUGUAGCUUCAACAUCAUCGAAAAACAAAGAUAAGAUAUUAGUAGUGGAGAAUGUUGAUACAAUUCCAGCAUCAUCUAAUAAACCUAUAUCGUUGUCAUCAAGCAAAACAAGAGAAAGACCACUAACUACAGUAUCAGUGACAACUAUUUCAAAUGUUCAAUCUAUAAAAAACAUUACUAAUAAAUCAUCCGGAAACAAUACAUUACCUCUGCAACAAUCGAGUGUAUCUAAAUCAUAUAUGGCUAAAUCCAUUCAAGAUAAUAUUAAUACACAAAGACCUCCAUCAUAUAUUCAUCAGCCACGACUUCCAUCAAAUACGACAACUCAAUCAUUUGAUUCAAAUAAUAAAACAGUUGGUCUUAGUAGUUUAGCAUUUGACAUAGGUGAUCGUCGAGAAAUUUAUACCAUUGGAGAGAGAAAAGGAAAUAAAAACAAAAAAUAUCGAUGUCAAAAAUGUCCACGUCGUUAUUUUGUGAUCUUUGGCUUAGCUGCACUCUUUAUUGUCGGUAUUGUUAUUGCAUUACCUAUUGCAAUAACUGCAUCAAUGACUACUACUACCACUACUACUACUAGAACAAGUUCAACAAUAUUAACAACCGCCGGUACUCCUACAACUACAGCAGCUACUAUUACAAUUACAUCAAAUAUAUGUACAUCACAUUUGACAGGCAUUACACAAAUAGCUCAUUGUGAUAGUUGUUCAGUAGAAUUGACUUAUCAAUUCUUAACAUAUAAUUACGUAGCAAUUGCUAAUAUAACUCGAAUAAUAUUUGGAUUUCGACGAGUUUCUGGUUAUUGGGGAGUUGAUGAUGUUUCAAUUCGUAAUACAGCAUCACCAAAUACUGAACUUCUUACUAAUGGUGGUUUUGAAUCGGGUAAUUUUUCUUCAUGGACUCUUUGUAUUCAAAGUGGAUCAUCUGGUACGGGAUCAGUUCAAUCAACAUCAAGUAAUAUAGCUUAUAAUAAUUAUACAUUUGCUGCUCGCUCAGGAUCCUAUUAUUAUUUGGGUGGAGCAAUCGGCCAAGCUGAAUAUAUUACUCAAACAUUUCCUAGUGUUAUUGGAAAUAGUUAUAAUUUUAGUUUUGCAUACAUUUAUGCCGGUAGUGGAUCAUUAAGUAGUGGCGAUUUUUUAGUUAGUACUUGA